AUGACAUCUUCUUCCACCAAAUUGACUCUGAAAUUGUUUAUAGACUCAAAGCGUGAGAUAGUUCCUUUCGCAGAAACAUCAAAAGCGGUUGUAGACUCUCUCUUAACCUUGCUAUGCUUGCCUUUCGGUACUGUCAUAAGGAUUCUGAACAAGAAUCAAAUGAUUGGCAGCUUAGGCAAUCUGUAUCAAAGUGUUGGGAAUCUGGAUAAAACGUACAUGCAAGAAAAGGAGCAUAAGGAUCUACUGUUGAAGCCAAGUACCCCCAUGUAUUCACAAAUCUCUGGCCUUCUUUCUUCAAUCAAUGGCACUUCUUCUGAGACCUCCACGACUGUGUUCUUCUACAGGUGCCCAAAACACUAUGAAUUCGUCACAUGCGAUAACACCAUUUCCUGUCCUGAGAAAUGUGGGACUAUUAUGAACAGGGAAAUGCGUUUUCUUGGUAAGAAUGUUCCAAAGCAAAUCUCUGCCGAAAAGAGUGGUUUUGUGAAAGAGGCUGUUACUUACAUGGUGAUGGAUGAUUUAGUGAUUCACCCCUUGUCCAGCAUUGCCUUACUUACCAAACUCAACGUCAGAGAUGUUGGCGCCUUACAGGAAAAGGUGGUCGAGUUGGAUAUCAAGCAGGUUGUGAAUCUUAUAAGGGCUUCUCUGCAGUCCAAGACGGUUUUGACAGAUGUUUUUCUCAAGAAUCAUGCUUCGGCAUAG